AUGCUUCCUUACGUUCUCGAUUUGCGACGAGUAGCUGUUCGGCCUACCUCGACUGCUUGUGUUGAGUUGGCUCGCUCAUGGCUUAUGUACUUAUUUAUUUAUGCUCUUAGUAGGAGGGGUCUAGUUAGUGUGGUUCAGCCCAAUCCUACAUUUCUUGCUCCCCAUUUGCUCUCCGCCAAGCCCGGCACUGCUGGCUCUUGUUGGCCCUCGUUUCCCCUUCUUUUGUCAUGUGGUCUCCUCCUUGCCCGACUCGGUUAG